AUUUCUGGUGUCUUUCGUUGCGCCAGGUCGCAUGCUUGGCUGUCAAUAGUGUCAAGUGUCAAUGGUCGACCACAAUAUGGCGGCCAGUGAAUUGACCCUAGAGUUACUUUACGAAUUUUUCAAAGAAAACGGUGGAAAAGUGAAAAAUAUCGAUGCAGUACGUUAUUUCAAGAGUUACCUGACUGAUCCCACGCAUAAAAAAGAGAAUCGUUUUAAAUUCAAGACAUUCGUCAACACGAUCGCGUACAAAGUGAGCGAGGGCGAUGAGAAGAUCCUAAUUCUGAAGACACAAUACCAGAACACCCUGUACCCGCCUCAGUCGCCCAGCUACCCUCCUCCCCCUUAUUCCCCUCAAGCGGACCCUCGCAACUCCUUGGGCAUUCCUGUUACGCCACCAUUCAGCCCCAUGGGCAUGGGCAUGCAAUCCCCACCAAGACAGCCGCCCCCUUAUAGGCCUCCGCCGCCUCCACCUGAAUACACCUCCAGCUCUUCUUUGGAUACCAUGUCCAUAGGCUCUGUGACGUCACUGAAUGACCAUGGGACUCCCCAGGCUCCACCCAGGAGGAGGGACUCUGAUAGAAGGAGAUCGGCGCCAAUGGUGGACGAGCUGACGACGCCCAAGAAACCUCAGGAGAAGGAAAACCAAGUCGAUGGUGGUCCUGCAGCUGGAGAAGAAAAACUCAGCGUGAAAGAAAGGACUCAAAAGUUCAACAGGUUGGCCUCGAUCGAAGAUGAGCUGAGUCCCAGGCAACCGAAGAGCGCUGAGAAAAAGAUGAACAAUAGCAGGGUAAGUGGCUAG